UCUUGUUCCAAUGUUCCACCAUCGAAUCGCUUUGCAGCAGUGACUAGAAGCAUUCCUUUCGGCUUGACGUCAUCCGGCCCGCAUUCACCCAUCCUACAGCCUCUUUACCACGCCAUUCAGCCAUAUUAAGUUUCCGAGAUAACCAUAAAAUUCAGAUUCACCGACCAGAUCCGACAUCCCAUCAUGACCGACCCAGCAAACGUAGCAAUCGGCCACAAAGCCACCAUCACAAAUCCGCGUACUUCAGAACAAGCGAAAGACCACUCGCGCAAAGUGCUUGAAGAAGAACACCGCGACAAGCUGUACGAGAUGCAGAAUGAAGAGAUUGAGGCGAAUAAGAAUAAGACAAGAGUAGCCGGGGGACUGAAGGCUGCGGUUUCGAAUCCCUUGGUUAGCGAGGAGAAGAAAGAGGAGGCGAAGAAGAAGCUGGAGGAGAUGUAGC